AUGAACUGCGUUUUCCUCAAAAUUCUACUAGCCCUACUCAUUAUUGUUUACAUUAUUCUUUACUAUGAACAAAUCAUUCGAUAUGCUGAAAUUGUGACCUAUGGAAAACCCGAAGAAUGGUUGAAUGUGUCCGCAGAAGAAUGCAGUUGCGAUGGCGGAACAACAAGGAAUUGCUAUCCGCAUCCUGAUGAUUCAGCCCUUUGCGGGAAAUGUUUCGCAAGAUGUGUUUCGCAAAAUAUCAUCGAAAAGGAGCGAAAACAUUCAAGGCAAGAUGAGGUUGUCAUUGCGCUGACUGCAACGAUGAGGGACAUGAACAAAUUGCUAGUGCUUAUCGGAUCGGUUCACAAGCAUUACCCGAAAACGAAAAUGUUGAUUUUUAACCCUGACAACUCGGAUUUCAUGAGUAACCAGCUCAUAAGCAUUCGGAACGUCGAAGUGGUUCGAAUGGCGGCUUCAAAUCUCACAAAAUUUGCGACUCCAUUUUACAUCGAGGAAGCGCUGAAUCGAUUUACUACAGUGCUCUGGAUCGACGUCGGUCUGGAGUUCCGAAACAACAAGCUGAUACUAACGCGAAAACUCGGAAAGUCGCCGGUCACUUUUAUCGGCAGGGAUCCCGUCAAGAAACUAUCCAGCGCCGGCUACAUCAAAUUCUUUCCGACGUCGUCAUAUGUUCCGCAAGUCUAUCCAUUGACCAUACUUCUGAAGAACAGUGCCAAAGCUUUGAUCGAAUGGUUAAAAAGAUGCGCUUUGGACCCGGAAUGCUGGCAGUGUUACAGUUCGGCGAACCUUGAAGCCGAUUGUUCAGUGUUCUUGCUUCAUAGGCUAGCAGUCGAGAAGAAAGCGCUCGUUCGAAUGGACAACGUGGGAGAUGCACUGGAAAAGCAUUCAUGGUCGCCACCAGAGUGUGACAUUUAUUGCACAAUGUAUAUGAUAUUCAUAACUGUCGCCGUUGUUGUAUUUAUGGGAAUUUUGGUGCUCGUGCUGCUCAAUAGAGCAACAAGCAAAAAGAAAUCAUAG